AUGCUAGGACCAACAAGACGGCAUACGAGUAUCAUACUGACCUCCAAUGUGGCCACAGUCGCCCAGCACACCUCUAAGGAGAGCUGCUGGGUCAUCCUCUACGGCAAUGUCUACGACGUGACAGACUUCCUAUCAGAACACCCCGGCGGCUCCAAGAUCAUCCUCAAGCUCGCAGGCAAAGACGCCACCGAAGAGUACGACCCAGUCCACCCGCCCGGCACCAUCGAGGAGAACCUCAAGCCCGAGCAGAAACUGGGCCGCGUCAACCCAGACAGCCUGGCACGCGCAAACUCGGCAACCGGCAACGACAAUGCUUCCUCCUCUUCGUCAUCACAACCAUCAGCCACCACUUCCCAGCCCUCGAGCACGAGUACAGCGGUCGAGAAGUACGUCCGCCCACCCCUCGACCACCUCCUCAACCUCGACGAGAUAGCCGACGCCGCCCAGCGCCUGGUCAGCGACAAGUGCAAGGCAUACUACUACUCGGCCUCGGACGACCUCUUCUCCAAGUCCUACAACAACGCCGUCUACCGCAACAUCCUGCUGCGCCCGCGCGUCUUCGUCGACUGCACCGCCUGCGACACCUCGACGACCCUCCUGGGCCAGCUGGGCGUCAGCACCCCCGUCUUCGUCUGCCCGGCGGCCAUGGCGCGGCUGGCGCACCCGGACGGCGAGGCGGGCAUCGCCAAGGCCGGCGGGUACUUCGGCGCGUGCCAGGUCGUGUCCAACAACGCGAGCCAGACGCCCGAGCAGAUCGUGGCCGAGGCGCAGGAGGGCCAGGUCUUUGGCUGGCAGCUGUACGUGCAGAACGAGCGGCGCAAGAGCGAGGCCAUGCUGGCGCGCGUCAGGAAGCUCAACAAGUUCUACAAGUUCAUCGUGCUGACCCUCGACGCCCCUGUGCCGGGGAAGCGCGAGAUGGACGAGCGCCAGGGCCUGGCCGACAGCGGCGCCCCCGCCGAGUCCCAGGUCGACUACCCUGCCAUCGGCGGCGCAAAGAAGGACGCGGGGCCCGUCGGCGUGGGGCAGGCCAUGUUCUGGGGCACCGCGGCCGACCUGACCUGGAAGACGACGCUGCCCUGGCUCAAGGAGCACGCGCCCGAGUUCCCCGUCGUGCUCAAGGGCGUCCAGACCCACGAGGACGUCUUCCUGGCUUACAAGUACGCCCGCGAGAACCCGGGGACCCUGCGCGCCGUCAUCCUCAGCAACCACGGCGGCCGCGCGCUGGACACGGCACCCCCUGCCGUGCACACCCUGCUCGAGUGCCGAAAGUACUGCCCCGAGGUGCUGGACAGCAAGGACUUUGAGGUGUGGGUUGACGGAGGCAUCCGGAGGGGUACGGAUGUCGUCAAGGCGUUGUGUUUGGGUGCCAGAGCGGUGGGUAUCGGACGUGCGCCGCUUUGGGGCCUGGGUGCCGGUGGGUGGCAGGGUGUCUACCGGACAUUUGAGAUCCUCCAGGCCGAGAUGGAGACGUGCAUGAGGUUGCUGGGGGCUAAGAACAUCGAGGAGUUGGGCCCAAGAUUUAUAAACUCUCGUGCAGUCGAAAGAGAUAUAUACGACGGCGAGCCAGGCCUUGACAAGAACGGCCUUUGGGAGAAAGCUGCUUCGGUCGUCAGGUCGAAGCUGUAG